UUUUUAACACCGAAACUCACACACGCUCUAAUUCUACUAUUCAGAUCAUUUAUCAAUCAAACAUGAACCGUCAACACCAUAUUCUUCCUCUCCGCCGAACCAGCAGUUGCGACACCACCACCGCAAUAAUCCCAUCAAACUACAUCUCUUCAACCUACUCCGCGGACGAUAACUCUCUCGUCAAAACCGGCUGUGCCCCUCGUUUAUUCCGAUCCCGUUCCAGCAUCUCAAUAAUUUUCCGUUCAAUUAUCAACAUAUUAUCAAUCCCUACAAUCCUACCCACCCAACUGUCCCUAACCCCGUCACCGGGUCGAAAAGUCACCGGCACGUUAUUCGGAAACCGGAGAGGACACGUCAGCUUUGCGGUUCAGUAUGACCCGAGAUCCGAACCCGUGUUAGUUGUGGAGCUGGCGGUUACAACAGCCGCACUUGUAAAAGAAAUGUCGUCGGGGUUAGUUAGGAUUGCGUUGGAAUGCGAGAAACAAAAGCCUCACGCGCGGUGUGUGGCGCGUGGGGGAGGUGGUAAAACAAAGUUGUUUCUCGAGCCGAUGUGGAGUAUGUAUUGUAAUGGGAAGAAGUAUGGGUACGCGCAGUCGCGGGCUUGUUCCGCGUCUGACUGGCACGUGCUGAGCACGGUGCAGACGGUUUCGGUCGGUGCUGGUGUUAUACCGGUCGUGAAGGACGGUCGGAAGGGAAACGAUGAGGGGGAGUUGUUGUAUAUGAGAGCGAGGUUUGAGCGAGUUGUGGGGAGUCGUGACUCGGAAGCGUUUUAUAUGAUGAACCCGGAUGGGAGUGGAGGGCCUGAACUCAGUAUAUUUUUACUUAGAAUAUAGUCAUGCUAGACUAAGUUGAGUUUACUUAUAAAUAUUAUAUUUAUAUCGUAGGGCCUCGGAGUCCGUUUGAUACCCAUCUUACGAUUUCAGUUUUUUCGAAGACUAUGAUCUAUGUAUUUAAACGUGACCCUAAAAUUCAUAUACUUUACUUUUGUGAUAUGUAAAAUAAAAUUAAAAAAAAAACUAUAAUAUGAAUGUAA